AUGUUUUUUCUUUGCAUGCAGGAGUUUGAAAAGCUGGCAGAAGACGGAAAGUACCACCAACUGGCACAGGCGAUUCUUGCCAAGAUAGAAGCCCUUUCAGCAAGCGAGCUGAAGCACAUAUACGAGUCUGUGGUUGUGCAAAACUACUACAACAUACACCCAAGCGCAUUCUCCGAGAUCAGCGCGUCCUUCGCUAAGAAGCUCCCGCAGGAAGACGCACUGCGCCUCCUUGAGAGCUCGCUCUCGCUCCUGGUCUCCGCCUCCUCGGUGGACAUGGACAAAGAGGCGCCGCUUGUGGUGCGCGCAACAAAGCUUGCAAAAGGGGGAAAUGCAGCAGCAGUUCGCCUCCUCCUGGAAAUAGCCCACGCAAAGGUCCGCCUCGGGCAAAUAUCCGAGGCCAGAGUGAUUCUCUACGACUGCAGGGAGGUCCAAAUAGAAAAAAAAGAGUCGCUCCGAAAAUUGCACCUCAGCCUGGGGCUCAUGCACUACUCCACACAGAACUACGCCCCCGCGUACAAGAACAUGCUUGAGUACCUGAAGCUGCAGAGCGAGGACGAGGAGACCUUUGAGGCAUGCCUCAUUUCGGGCAUCCUCUCGGAAGACGUCUACUCCUUCAGAGAGCUCAUCGACCUCCACGGGGGAGAAGAGAGCAGAGCACUCUCCCUGGCCACCGCGCUUGAGGAGGGAAACUCAAGCCAUGCAGCAGAAAUCGCAGCAAAAAUCGACAGCUCCCUCCAGGCAACGGUGGCAGAGAAGGCGGUUGUAAUGCGCCUCCUGAACUACUUUUUCAGCCAGCAGCAGAGGUCCAUUCGCCUCCAGACCAUUUCUGAGGAGCUCGGCCUUCCCGCUCUUCUCGUCGAGGAGACUGUUCUCCGGAUUCUGGGCAGCGGCCUGAUGAAGGGAACCAUAGACGGAAUAACCGGAGAGUUCACGUACACGUGGAUAGGAUACAAGCAUCUCACAGCCCAGGAGAUCGCCUCCAUUCGAAAUGUAAUAUCAGAGAUGCGGCUGCGAGUUGACACCGUGCGCAAGGAAAUAAGCUGA